AAGCUCAGGUUAUAUAGAUUGAUAGAGAUAUAUACUCAUACUAAUACCAAAUUAUAUAUAUAAGUAAAUACACUAAUUCCAUAUAACAUUAUAAAGACUAUUUUUGUCAUUUUCUAAGUUCGUGGGUUUACUUACAUAUACACACAGUACAUGAUGAGAAGAACUGGAAUCGCCAAAACACCAAUGCUGCUGUUAAGGAGUUGGAAGCAAGUUCAAGGAUGUGCAGGGAUAAGCAGCAAAGCUGCAAAACAAAAGCCGAUGGUCAUCGACUACUCUGAAGAUAUCUCCUAUCAUAAAUUAGACGUCAACUCUGGCGGGGAAGAGGAAUGGGUCCCACACCCACGUACCGGAAUAUUCUUUCCGCCGGGACAAGAGUGGGUGAUGGAUGGUGUCCCUGACGGUGCUGCUUCCUUUGACAUGACGUUUUGGCUUAGGAACGUCGACGGUGUGGACAAACCUGAUCCUGACCAUCGUUUUCCUAAAUGAAACAAAAAAGUAUAACUAUGACUGAGUGACUUAAUAACCAUAGUGAGACUAUACUAUGAAAUUAUAACAAAAUAAUCCCGAGGAAUGGUGUGUAUCCACGUUUUAUUAUGAUAAUAAUGUAUGACGGUUCAAUAGCAAUGCUUGCUUAAUUAA